CAUCUUCCUCUCACCAUUGAAGCUUUUCGUAGGACUCUUUCAGCUCCGGCCGUUCCCUCUCGUUCUAGUGAUCAUUUCGUUGGUUUCGCAGUUAGCCCAUUAGUCAUAUCAGUUGCCAUUUAGUGAGCGGGGAGGCAAUGCAGUGAGGGAGGCAGGCAAUGCAUUGUGUUUAAAAUUGUGGUGGUGUACCUUUCGGAGUGAGGAGGAAUUAGAUCAUUGGAUUGAAUCGCAGUCCAGAGGAGGAGCCAUGUCCUUCAUGAAAGGAGACUUGCUAACUAGGACUAGAAAGCUCGUCAAGGGCUUGGCCAAAGCAGAACCUAUUUGGCUCAAAGCCAUGGAACAGGCGCCACCUCCUACAUUUCCUCGAAUAGAUGGAACAAUCAAGACAAUCACUCUUCCUGAGGAUGUAUAUGUAAAAAAGUUCUUCCAGAAACAUCCAGAUUCAAAAUACGAAGAUGCGAUCAAGUUCUGUAGUUUCGAUCCUCCUCCAGCGCGAAUAUUCGGCCUGCGAGUGCUUGAACUGAAGGAACAGGGUGUCAGUGAGGAGGAAGCCAUGGCAGUAGCCAAUAUGGAAUACCGGGCAGAGAAAAAGGCGAAAAAGAAGGCUUACUCUCGCUUGAAGCAAAUUGCACGUCUUCAAGGGAAGAAACCUCCUCCUAACCCGUAUCCAAGUGCUAUUAAGGAGAUACAAGCAGAGGAAAGGAAAUUCGUGCGAGAUCGUUUCUUCAACCCCAAGAUUAAAGAGAUCGCUCAAAGGUUGAAGGAGGAGAGAGCAGCUGAAAUGCAGGACAGAAUGAGAGGCAGUGGCUGGUCAUGAAGAGUUGUUUAAUUUAUAGGACUUCCAUCCUCCCAUCUUUCUUCUCGCUCUGCUCUGGAAACUAGCUUUUGCAAUAAUUUUGGCAAUUGGCUAAAUAGGGAACGACACAUUUUUUUAGAUUCAAGUGACUACUACAUCUGAAGCAUUGGAUCAGGCAUGUUAAAGGAUUUUUCUUUCGAUGUUAUUCGGGUUUUGGAUUAAUAAUAGAACGAUUCAAAAGCA